AUGUCCGAUUUGGCAGGCAGGGCACUGCAGUGGCAAUUCCAGCCACCAGAAGCUGUUGGAAUUUCAGAUAAAUGGCAGCAUUGUGGCUCUGAGGGUUCCCUCUGUUCAGACAUAUCCAAGCUGGGGAGUUGGAGUACUGUGAACAAGAUUCAGUCUUUGGGGCUGGCAGGAGUGAAGCAGGACCUCGGGGUCAAAGCCAGGAGGAGUUGUACAGAUGUGCUGUGCUGCAUGAUCUUCAUACUCUUCAUUAUUGCCUACAUUCUUUUAGGACUUGUGGCCUGGGUCAAUGGCGACCCCAGAAGAGUGGCCUAUCCUACAGACAGCCAAGGCCACUUUUGUGGCCAAAAGGGCACCCCCAAUGAGAACAAGCCCAUUUUGUUUUACUUUAACCUGCUCAGCUGUACCAGUCCCUCCGUGGUGGUAAACCUACAGUGCCCUACCAGACAGAUCUGUGUCUCCAAGUGCCCAGAAAAAUUUUUAACCUACAUGGAAAUACAAUUUAUGUACAGAAAAGACAGAAACUACUGGACAUACUACAGCCAGUUCUGCAAGUCUGCUCUUCUUAAGCCUGCGAAGACUCUCACACAAGUGUUACUGGAUGAUGAUUGUCCAACAGCGAUUUUUCCAAGCAAACCUUAUCUCCAGAGAUGUUUCCCUGACUUUUCUACUAAAAAUGGCACUUUAACAGUAGGAAAUAAGACAGUGUUUGAAGAUGGAAGUGGAAAGACAAGAAAUGCUGUAGAACUCAGGGCAGCUGCAAAUGGUAUCAAUAAAGUCCUUGAUGCAAGGGCAAUUGGAGUGAAAGUGUUUGAAGACUAUGCAACAACGUGGUAUUGGAUUCUCAUUGGCCUGACUAUCGCCAUGCUCCUCAGUUGGAUGUUUGUGAUACUCCUGAGGUUCACGGCUGGCUUCCUCUUCUGGCUCUUCACCUUUGGUGUGAUUGGGAUUAUAGCUUAUGGAAUAUGGCACUGUUACCGGGAAUACAGCAAUCUUCAGGGACAGCCAAAUUCUCACUUAACUGUAUUUCACAUCGGGAUUCAGACUGAUAUAAGCAUGUACUUUCAACUGAAACAAACAUGGUUCGCAUUUAUGAUAAUACUCUGCAUCCUUGAAGUGUUCAUCAUCCUCAUGCUGAUCUUCCUCAGGGACCGAAUCCGCAUCUCCAUUGCCCUGCUGAAGGAGGGGAGCAAAGCCAUUGGAUACAUCCCUACUACCUUAAUUUAUCCAGUUUUAACUUUCAUUUUCCUCUCAAUCUGCAUUUCCUACUGGGCUGUGAUAGCAGUUUACUUGGCUACAUCAGGGGUACCUAUAUACAAAGUCAUAGCCCCAGAGGGGCAAUGUAAACAUGAAAAUAAAACCUGUAAUCCAGAGAUUUUUAAUACAACUGAAAUGGCCAAAGCUUGCCCUGGGGCUCAGUGUCAUUUUGCUUUCUAUGGUGGAAAGAGCCUGUACCAUCAAUAUAUCACUACCUUCCAGAUAUUCAAUCUAUUUGUCUUUCUCUGGCUUAUAAAUUUUGUCAUUGCAUUGGGUCAGUGUGCCCUUGCUGGUGCCUUUGCUUCUUAUUACUGGGCCUUGAAAAAACCUGAUGACAUCCCACCAUAUCCACUUUUUACUGCAUUUGGACGAGCCAUAAGAUAUCACACUGGAUCCCUAGCAUUUGGAUCUUUAAUUCUUGCAGUAGUUCAAAUGUUCAGAUUAAUCCUAGAAUACUUGGACAAACGUCUUAAAGAGGCCCAGAACAACAUUUCUAAAUUCCUAAAAUGCUGCCUGAGAUGCUGUUUCUGGUGUUUAGAAAAAGCAGUAAAGUUUUUGAACAGAAAUGCCUAUGUUAUGAUUGCAAUAUAUGGCAAAAACUUCUGCAGGUCAGCGAGAGAUGCUUUCAAUCUGCUGAUGAGAAAUAUUUUAAAAGUUGCAGUUAUGGAUAGAGUGACAGACUUUGUACUAAUCCUGGGGAAGAUUCUAGUUGCUGGGUGUAUAGGUGUCCUGGCCUUUCUACUCUUCACAGAAAGACUCCCAAUGAUUAUAGUAGGACCAACAUCUUUAAAUUACUACUGGGUACCUUUGCUGACAGUCAUUAUUGGAUCUUACCUAAUUGCACAUGGAUUCUUCAGCGUCUAUGCAAUGUGUAUUGAAACAAUUUUCAUCUGCUUCUUGGAAGAUUUAGAAAGAAACGAUGGUUCUGCUGAAAGACCCUAUUACAUGAGUCAAUCUCUGCUGAAGAUUUUGAACGAGCAAAAGGCACAAACUAAGAAGCAGUAG